UCCAUAAACGUUCGUUGAGCACUCAACAAUUGUCCUCGCCCGAUCUACUUAAUACCGUACCAGUUUAUUCUGUAUCCAAUCGCAAUAUGGGUCGUCUAGGAAAAGUUGAUCCCAGUUCCUACUCCCAACCAGAAUUGAUUACAACCAAACACAGUAAUUUGCAAUGGAAAGUCGAUUUUGAAAACACCAAAUUGAAGGGAUCUGUAACACACAAGUUCAAUGUCUUGGAAAAUAAUUUGGAAUCAAUUAUUUUGGAUGUUCGUGACGUGACCAUUCUAAAUGCCGAAAUCAUUUCUUCCGGCUCCACAACACCUUUGAAUCAUUUUAUCAGUGACCCGGUUGAUGAUAUUGGAGCUAAAUUAACAUUGGAACUUCCUCAAGGCACUGCCAAAGGAGAAUUAACUGUCCGUAUUGAUUAUGAAACUUCACAAAAGGCCAGUGGUCUACAAUGGCUUACACCCGAACAAACAUUAGGCAAAAAACAUCCAUACAUGUUCUCACAAUGUCAAGCUAUUCAUGCCCGUUCGAUAAUACCAUGCCAAGAUACACCUGCUGUGAAAUUUACCUAUACUGCAACUGUGGAACAUCCAAAAGAACUGAAGGCCCUUAUGAGCGCCCUAAUUGACAAACAAGAAGAAGGUCGUACAACAUUCAAGCAGGACGUACCCGUUCCAGCUUAUCUCUUGGCCAUUGCUAUUGGUGAUUUGGUAUCGAGACCUUUGGGUCCCAAUUCUAAUGUUUGGGCAGAGGAGGGCAUUAUUGAAGAAUGUGCUGCCGAAUUUUCUGAGACAUCAGAAAUGUUGAAAACUGCUUCUGAUAUUUGUGGCCCGUACGUUUGGAAACAAUAUGAUCUAUUGGUGAUGCCACCCUCAUUUCCAUUUGGUGGUAUGGAAAAUCCUUGUUUGACAUUUGUAACACCUACCCUUUUGGCUGGAGACAAAUCGCUGGCUGAUGUUGUUGCCCAUGAAAUUGCUCACAGCUGGACUGGUAAUCUGGUGACAAACAAAAACUUUGAACAUUUCUGGUUGAAUGAAGGUUUUACCGUAUUUGUGGAGACGAAAAUUGUUGGACGUAUGAAGGGUGAGAAAGAGCGUGACUUCCAUAUGUUGAGAAAUCUUACCGACUUGCAAGAAUGUCUUCGCACUCAAUUGAAGGAUACCCCCGAAUUGACCAAACUUGUUGUUGAUUUAUCCAACUGUGGUCCUGACGAUGCCUUCUCCAGUGUACCCUAUAUGAAAGGUUCUACAUUUUUGCGCUAUAUUGAGGACUUGAUGGGUGGACCAGAAGUUUUUGAACCAUUCUUGCGCUCAUAUCUACAAAAGUAUUCAUAUCAAUCUGUUGUGACUGAUGAUUUCAAAAAUUCUCUCUAUGACUACUUUGUCUGCACCGAUAAAAAUGGUAAACUCAACGAAAUCGAUUGGGAAUUGUGGUUGACAUCUGAGGGCAUGCCACCAAUUAUUCCAAACUUUGAUCAAACACUUGCCAAUGUCUCGAAACAAUUGGCUGAAUUGUGGAGCACCAAAACGACCGAAGAACUGAGAGAUAAUGCUGAAGUCAAGCAAAAGAUCUCUACCCAUCAAUUAAUCGAUUUCUUGGGUAAAUUAAUUGAAUGCAAAGACAUCAAAGAUUUAACUGAGCAAAAAAUCGAACUAUUGGAAGCUACUUAUAAUCUGAAGAACACUAAAAAUGCUGAAGUUCUAUUCCGUGUGAUGCGUUUGUGCAUUAUGGCCAGACUUAUGAAUCGUAUGGAUAAAAUUAUUGAAUUCGCAAACUCCAACUUCCGUAUGAAGUUCUGUCGUCCAAUUUAUCGUGAUUUGGCUCAAUGGCCUGAAGCUAAACCAAUUGCUGUUAAGAACUUUGAAAGUGUUAAGGAUCAAAUGAUGGCCGUUUGCUCACAUACCAUUGAAAAGGAUUUGGGUUUGAAAUAA